AUGCGUUGCGCCUUGUCGUUGGCCAUGCUGGCCAUGUCCAUGGCUUCUGUGACUGAGGCUCGCUUUGGCCGGUUAAUAUCACGACAAAACACCAACGAGUGUUGCCCUUGCCCGGCACCCGGCCAGCAAACCAAUGUACCCAGUACAGUUACUGUUACACAGCCUGCGCAGACUGUUUAUGUCAGUAAUGCUCAGGAGACCCCCAAGCAAACCGUCACGGUCGAAAAGACUGUGACUGCGGAACCUAGCACUGUUUAUGUGUCCCAACCUGGCAAUUCUCCUUCCAAUAUGCCACCAGAAGCGAGCCAGGUGGUUGUUACUGUGUCGCCGCAGCCGAUGCCGUCGCAGCCGUCUCAGCCUCAAACUGUCACUGUUGUGCCAGGCAAUUCGUCACCUGCAGGUCAAGCCGAGCCGUCUGUUAUCACCAAGACUAUUCAACCUGAAGCUCCAGAGCAAGCAGAGCCUCAGACAGUAACAGUCAACGCGAAGCCGCCUACCAAGGUUGCCACGGUCGUGACGGUGACCCAGGGGCUUCCGCCAUCCAACGCACCUGAACUGCCAAGUGUUGUCACUGUUACCCAAGGCUUACCGUCUUCCGAGGCACCGCAGUCACCGAGCGUUGUCACUGUUACCGCAAGCUCUUCGCAGCAGCCCUCUCCGCAAGCUGAGGGGCCCAAGACUGUCGUUGUCACUGUGCAGCCGAGCCCUGCAACAACGGUACCAGCUACUGUCACGGCACCGCCUCAGGUUCAGACAGUUGUCCAGAGCGUUGACCACUAUUCAACUUUGACCAAGACGGUAGCUGGGGGCGGUGGCGACAAUGUUGAAAUAAUAAUUAUCAACAUCUUCACUGGAGAAACAUCUUGCAAGAAGAAGCACAGCGGAAAGCCUUGCCACAGCAACGGACAACACCACGUCCCACCGGCCGCCUCUGGAUCGUCUGGAAUCCCAUGUCCUAUUGUCAACGCCACGACAAGCGUUGCAACGGUUUAUAAUACGGUUCUGGUCACUCUGCAACCAGGCAAUGGCACCGGAGCUGCUCAGGCUACCACGUCCCAGAAGCCUAUGUCCAUGGGGCGUUUGCCACGCGCCCCAGUAACAUUGAUGAAGUGGUAA